GGGGGAGUGCCGCGCUGUGUUACUGCUUUAGCUUCGAGAUGAGCGAAGCAGUAUUGUCCUGCUGUGUAUUUAAAAGCAAAAUUACCUAACUAUUUAAAAUGCAUUCUUCCUAGUUCUCCAAAUGGCUUCUUUUGGGUGGAAGAGAAAGAUUGGUGAGAAGGUCUCAAAAGCUACUUCUCAGCAGUUCGAAGCAGAAGCUGCGGAUGACAAGGAUCUGGGUGACGAUGACGAUGCUACCUGGGUGCUCGCAGCUAAGAGGAGAAAGGAAGUUCUCUUAGAAGAUUGUGUAAGGAAAAGUAAGGAGCUCAAGGAUGAAGGUGCAAAUUUGGCUGAAAAUAGGAGGUACAGAGAGGCUCUUGUCAAGUGGGAUGAAGCACUUCAGUUAACUCCAGAGGAUGCUACACUUUAUGAGAUGAAAUCACAGGUCUUGAUGUCUUUACAUGAAAUGUUUCCAGCAGUGCAUGCAGCAGAAAUGGCUGUCCAGAGAAACCCGCGUUCCUGGGAUGCCUGGCAGACUUUGGGACGUGCCCAGCUUGGAUUAGGAGAGAUAGCACUGGCAAUCCGAAGCUUCCAGGUGUCCUUACACAUCUUUCCGAUGAACCCUGAAGUAUGGAAAGAAGACCUUUCCUGGGCAAGAAAACUACAGGAACAGCAGAAGGCCACAAAGACUGAGUCAGUGCAAGCCCUGGCAAAAGAGCUUGUACAAGAGUCAAUCCCAGACUAUGACUUUGAAAGUGAUGAAAUUGUGGCAGUCUGUGCUGCCAUUGCAGAGAAGGAGAAAGCUCUUUCAGCAGCUAAAACGAUGGUGAUUGUGUCUGCUUCAGGUACAGUAGAGACUGUUACUGAGCAGGACAAUUGUCCUGCAACUCCUGAUGAAACUCUUUUCAUCAGGGCUCGGUAGGGCAGCCUCAUGAGUUGUCAUACCUAUAAUUUUUAAGAACUGCUGUUAUUUAUUGUAUUUAGCUUGCUUUGUGUUUGUUCUUUUUUUAUUAAAUGGUAGGAUAGCCUAUAAAAGUUAAAGAACUGAAGCUAUUUUUCUUUCCUUAAUUAAAAAAGCAAUGGCCUGAGUUGUUGUUCCAUCUGGAUUUGUCAAAAAGAAAGCCAAGAGUUGAUUCUAAAAAUUCUAAAUUCUUAUGAACAAAUGUAAUGUUGAAAUGCUUAACUGCAUUCUAACAGCUGCUUCAUCUUUGUGUAUUUCAUAAUUUUACAAGUUAAUGUGUACAUUUUCCCAGUAAUUAGGAAAGUUUUAUUUAAACUGUAAAAGUGCUGUGGUUUAUCCCCAGCUGGCAACUCAGCCCCACUCAGCUGACUGCCUCCUGGUGGAAUGGGGGGGAGAAUUGGAAGAGUAAAAGUGAAAGAACUUGUGGGCUGAGAUGGACACAGCCUAAUAGGAAAAGUAAAAGCUGCGCAUGCAAGCAAAGCAAAACAAGGGGUUCACCCACUAGUUCCCAUGGGCAGGCAGGCAUUCAGGUAUCCCCAGGAAAGCAAGGCUACAUCAUGUGUGACUUGGGAAGACCCUUGGAAUGUCCUCCCUUCAUCUACCUCCUUCUGUCCCCAGUUCUGUGUGUUGUGCUGUGAGAUUGAAUAUCCCUGUUGUCAGCUGGGGUCAGCUGUUCUGGCUUGCCUCUUCCCAGCUUCUUGUGCACCCCCAGUCUUCUCACUGAUGGGGGGGGGGAUGCAAAGCAGGAAAAGGUCUUGACCCUGAGCAAGCCCUGCUCAGCAGUAAUAAAAACAAUGUGUGUUACCAAUAUUUGCCAGCACAAAAUCAAACCUAGCCCCCUACUUGCAACUCUGAAGAAAAUUAACUCUAUCCCAGCCAAAACCAGCGCAAAAAGAAAAAGGGACGUUUAAAAAUUAUUUUAAUCACUAUUAAUUAACAUUAUUUUCUUCCAGUAAAAGUGUGAACUGUUUUCUAUUAUUGACAGUCUUUGUUUUCAUUAAGAUUACUUGUUAUAUGAGAAAGUUUCCUAUGAAGCAGGGAUGGUUUAUUAUUUUGUAGAAACCUUUAUGUUGCUUUCCUCAGUGAGUGGGUUAAACACUUCUGAUUAGAUGAAAGGAAAUGCUUUACCAACCAAAACCCUGAAUGCUUAGUUACAACUAAAUGUUUCACCAGAAGAAAGAACACUGUUUGUGACUGAAACUGGCCUUUCCUUAUCUUGUGUGCUGUGCUACAGAAAUCACCAAAAGUAGGAAAAAACCACCAAAAGUAGGUGGGAGUAGGAAAUAUGGCUGAAUUGUACUGUAUUUGGGGCUUUUCUUUCCUAGUGAGGCCAGUCUGAUAAAGGGAGUCAAUUUGCUUUUCCUGAUUCUUAUGACCUACCAUUAAAGGUAUGCUCUUAGGGGAAAGAAUGAGUUUUGCAGGACAGUGCUGCUGGAGUCUUCCUUUUUAUCCCUUUUGGAUUUUGGGUGCAGUGGUGGGUAAUGAGGCAUACCCUAGGAAAUGUUUUUAACGUUGAUUUUUUUUCAGGGGAAGGUGGCAAUUUGUUCCUCACACAGGAAGUUCAAAGAAAUGAAAUCAGGCUGUUUCUUUGAUGUGCUCUGUGCUGAGACUGUUCUCAUUUCAUUGUCUUGGAGAUGUGGUAGAGAUGAUCACAUGCUAACAGUACUGGAAAAAAUGGUCAGCUGAGGAAUUCCUGAAGAAUUCAGUUUGGGAACAUGUAAUUUUUUACUUGAUUUUGAUAAAAUUUUGUAUGAUAAUAGAUACUUUUGUAGACAAGUGAAACUUUUGAAAUCAGUCAUCUUUGCACUUUUCAAGUCUGAUUUCUAAUUUCAAAAUAACGCAUUUUAAAAGAAAAGAAUGUUGCUUGAUGAGUAUAGUGUUUUUGCAGUGGAAAAUGCAUUGCAGAAAAACUAUCUCAAAUCAUAUUUUCUGUUUAUCUGGUAUCAGAGUAUCUUUAUUUAAGAGAAUAUGUAAGUUUUCAUUAAUGUUUGCAAGAGUCCCCUGAAAUGUUGUUUGUAUUUGUGAAUUUUUAGGUCUGUGCUUGCAUGAGCACACAUUCACACAAAAUCUUCUGGGUACAUUCACACAAAAUCUUCAAAAUAAUUAGAACUACAGUGGCAUAAGUAUAUUAAGAAAUGUAAAACAUCAUAAUGCUUCAUUUUUAUUUCUUCAUUAAGUUCAGAAUGAUUUUAAAUGCUUACUGGAUAGGCACUUGAUUAAGAUAUGGUUUGAUAUUUUAAAUUAUUAUAGUUUAAGGAUUUCUUAAUCUUUCUUCUAUCAACUUAAUACAAUCUAGUCAGCCGUAGAAAGAGUUAGCAUGAGAAGGAUUUGGACAGAUUUCUUCAAAGACGAGAUCUUCUCUGGCUGGAAAAGGAGAUGUGUGAGAUGCUCUAGGGUACAUUUUCAUUUUGAAGGAGCUUGGCUGUAUCCACCUCAUCUUUUCUUUCUUUGCGCUUUGUACUUGCGUCAGUGUUCUGUCUUUACUCAUACAGGAAGGACUGCUGCCCUUCUCUCAGAGGCCUGUGUUAUCACAGAAUCUGUUUCCACUGAAGUGAUUCACAAAGUUCCUAUUGACUUCAGCACUGCAGAGCCAGACUGCUGGAGGGGUGUACAUCUGCACUGUCAGGUUGCGCGGGGCUCGAGGGGUGGUGGUUUCCAUCUCACACUAAAUGUAUUUUCCUUCUGAUUAGAUUAGGUGAUGAAUUCUAGGUAUUGUCAGAACUGUAGUGUUUUGUAGAGCAGUUAAGUUCCUGGGACACUCUUUUCAAACUGGGGAGAAGUUCAAAUAUUGAUGAUUUUAACACUGUUCUUUUACAGCAUGCCAUGUUUUGCAUGUAUGUAAUUUUCUGGAUCGGUUUGCGGUUUGAAUAAAAUCCUGACUUCUGA